AUGGCGAGUGCUGCCAUGGCUCCGCCCAGCACUGGCAUGCCGGACGAGGACAGACGGACAUCCGGCCGAAGCGGUCCGAUCUGUGAGCCGCCGCGUGAGAUGGCGCGGCAGACAACACAAGAGGUUCAAGCGCUCUUCGAUGCGCAAGUGAGGCUUACGCCCGCAGAUCUCGCAGCCAUCAACGGCGAGGCCGGUGACGUCGUAGCAGAUGAAGCUUUUGCUGUUGGGCAAGUUCAUCUCACCUUCGAGGACGUUAGCUUUUCCAUCCCCCAGACGCAGAACCACUGUAUAUCGAAUGCCACGAAAUCAGUCCGGACUGGCGCAACACCGCGAAGUGGCAACAGUACAAGCAGCGAUGGGCGGAAGAAGAUCCUGGAUCGAAUUUCAGGUCAUUACGAACCUGGUCAGCUUGUAGCGCUGAUGGGGCCGUCAGGCUCGGGGAAGACAACCUUACUCGACAUCCUGGCCGGAAAGAAGUCCGCUCCGCACGAGGGCACCAUCCAUGUCAACGGUCGGCCGCGGGAUAUGCUCUGGAAUCGGAUAUCAGCCUACGUACCUCAGGACGAUCUCAUGUUCGCACACCUGACAGUUGAGGAAGUGCUCAGGUUCCAUGCGAACCUGAAAACGCAGCGCCCAGCCAGGAUCACCCGACAGAUGGAUCAGCUCCGGAUCGAGGCGUUUCUGCAGGCUUUCGGGCUCCACGACAUCAGGAACUCCUACAUCGGCGAUCCCAAGCAGGGCUCCCGCGGCAUUUCCGGAGGUCAACGGCGGCGGCUUUCCUUGGUAAAGGGAGUAGCUUGCGGAGCGCGGGUCAUGUUCUGCGACGAGCCGACCUCGGGUCUUUCUGCCACCGAUGCUGAGAUUUGCGUGCGCUAUAUGCGAUGGCUCGCACACAGAUACUCCGUGUUGAUCAUCAUGUCCAUCCACCAGCCACGAAGAGAGGUCGCCAGGCUCUUCGACGAACUGAUCCUCCUCACUUCCAGGCCAGGUCGGGUGGUCUACCAAGGACCGAUGAGAGAUUUGGCUGACUAUUCGGCGAAGGUCGGCUGUCCCGUUCCGUUCAAGCGGAAUCCCACAGACUUCAUCAUGGACCUGAUUACACCCGGCAUGAAGGGUGCCAGGGAAGACGAGUUCGUGCGGCACUUCCAGGCAGUGCGGAGCCCUAUAAUCGAAGAAGAGGUGGCCAAGCACCUCAACGAGGAUCGUGGCAGUGCCAUGGAGAUCCUCCGAGCGAUGCGCGAGCCCAUGCAGGUGUUUGGUACUAUGCCACCGUUGCGCAAUAGCAAGUUCGGCGUGCCAUUCCGUUCGCAGGUUCGGGCCGUGGCGUGGCGUCAGUUCAAGCUGAGGUACCGAAACAUGACUCUCAUGAUGGACCUGGCUGCAGCUGUCGCCAAAGCCGUGAUCCUGGGCCUGGCAUUCUAUGACAUUGGCCAGAAGAGUCAGCAGUUCCAAGUUGGCUUCAUCUUCUUUGUCUUGAUGGCCUGCUCCAUCGACCAGGUCAAGACCAUGCCGGCCAUGAUCGCCGAGCGGAACGUCAUGAAGUUGGAGACCUCUGAGGCCUUGUACAGUGAGUGGGCCUACAUCCUCCCGGUCACCCUUAUGAGUGCGAUGCAGGCAGUCGUGACGCACUUUGUGUUCAUCGCGCUUCUUUGGCCGUUCCUGUCAUUCCCUGUCUCUCUCUUUGGGCAUGUUUGGUUUUGGUCCCUGAUGGUCAACAUGGUCAUGGACAGCCUUUACGUCAUGCUCUCUGGCAUCGCCAAGGACGCGACGAUUGCACAGAUAAUGUCGCUACCUUUCCUUCUUAUCUUCAUGCUCUACAACGGUAGCUUGGCAUAUUUGGUCGAGUUACGUCCAAAUGCGUGUAGGGGCUGUUAUGCAAGCGGGAUGAUAUUAGCAGAUGCUUUUGCGUGA